UGGGUGCAACAGAAGACUCUGGUCUCUGUGCCCCUCUCACUGCGUCUCCCUCGCUUCACCCCUUCAGCUCCAGUAUUGGUGCCAGACCGAAUUAGUCUAUAGUUGGUUCGCGUCUUUACAAAGGCUGGGAAUGGAAUGAAAAUGAAGAAGAUGAGCAACAUUUAUGAGUCGGCUGCCAAUACCCUGGGCAUCUUUAACAGCCCCUGCUUGACCAAAGUUGAGCUGCGGGUGGCCUGCAAAGGCAUUUCCGACCGAGACGCGCUGUCCAAACCAGACCCCUGUGUCAUCCUCAAGAUGCAGUCCCAUGGGCAGUGGUUCGAGGUUGACAGAACAGAGGUGAUUCGCACCUGCAUAAACCCAGUGUAUUCAAAACUGUUUACUGUGGACUUCUACUUUGAAGAGGUGCAGCGCCUGCGGUUUGAGGUCCAUGACAUCAGCAGCAACCACAAUGGGCUGAAGGAGGCUGACUUCCUUGGCAGCAUGGAGUGCACCCUUGGCCAGAUUGUCUCCCAGAGAAAGCUGUCCAAAUCCUUGCUGAAGCAUGGGAAUACUGCAGGGAAGUCCUCCAUCACGGUGAUUGCUGAAGAAUUGUCUGGCAAUGACGACUAUGUCGAACUUGCAUUCAACGCACGGAAAUUGGAUGACAAGGAUUUCUUCAGUAAAUCUGACCCCUUUCUGGAAAUUUUCCGUAUGAACGAUGAUGCAACUCAGCAGCUUGUACAUCGAACUGAGGUUGUGAUGAACAACUUAAGCCCAGCCUGGAAGUCAUUCAAAGUAUCGGUAAAUUCCCUAUGCAGUGGAGAUCCAGACCGCCGGCUGAAGUGCAUAGUGUGGGACUGGGACUCCAACGGCAAACAUGACUUCAUCGGAGAAUUCACCUCGACAUUCAAGGAGAUGAGGGGAGCGAUGGAAGGAAAGCAGGUGCAGUGGGAGUGCAUCAACCCCAAGUACAAAGCCAAGAAGAAGAAUUAUAAGAACUCGGGCAUCGUGAUUUUGAAUCAAUGCAAGAUCCACAAGAUGCAUUCUUUCUUGGACUACAUCAUGGGCGGCUGCCAAAUCCAGUUUACAGUAGCUAUAGAUUUCACUGCCUCAAACGGGGACCCCAGGAACAGCUGUUCCCUGCACUACAUCCACCCGUACCAACCCAACGAGUACCUGAAGGCCUUGGUGGCUGUGGGGGAGAUUUGCCAAGACUAUGACAGUGACAAAAUGUUCCCAGCCUUUGGGUUCGGUGCCAGGAUACCCCCAGAGUACACGGUCUCUCAUGACUUCGCAAUCAACUUUAAUGAAGACAACCCGGAGUGUGCAGGGAUUCAAGGGGUCGUGGAAGCCUAUCAGAGCUGCCUUCCCAAGCUCCAGCUCUACGGCCCCACCAACAUCGCCCCCAUCAUUCAGAAGGUCGCCAAGUCGGCCUCAGAGGAGACGAACACCAAGGAGGCGUCGCAAUACUUCAUCCUGCUCAUCCUGACCGACGGUGUCAUCACAGACAUGGCCGACACCCGGGAGGCCAUUGUCCAUGCCUCCCACCUCCCCAUGUCGGUCAUCAUCGUGGGCGUGGGCAACGCUGACUUCAGUGACAUGCAGAUGCUGGACGGUGACGACGGGAUUCUGCGAUCACCCAAGGGAGAGCCAGUCCUUCGAGACAUCGUUCAGUUCGUGCCCUUCAGAAACUUCAAACACGCGUCUCCAGCUGCCCUGGCAAAGAGCGUGUUGGCUGAAGUCCCAAACCAAGUCGUGGACUAUUACAAUGGCAAAGGGAUUAAGCCAAAAUGUUCAUCAGAAGUGUAUGAGUCUUCCAGGACACUAGCACCAUGAACUCCGCACACUUUUACAGCGUUCUGAAAUACUAUUCCCGCUACUAUUUAAUACUUCUACUACUCCUGUACCUAAACUAAACAAAACAAAACAAAAACGUACACAUUUAAAAAUAGCACGUUUUGUUGAUUUUUAACUAACUGACUGUUUUUUUGUUUGUUUGUUUGUUUGUUUGCAUGUGUAGCCCUGAGGCCUGGAGCUGGUAAGCCCUUGUACUGUGAAAGACUUUUUACAAAGAAACACAAAUCAUUGUAACUUACUCUUUACAUUACAGCAUGUCGCCUUGAAAUCAAAUGGUAUCUGUAUCAGUUUUUUUAUACAGGUUUGUUGAAAUUUUGCUAAAUUUCUUAUCUUUACACUGUAAAGCAUUUUGAAACAUUUACCGAACGUCGAUAGCCAAAACAUACUUGGUUUUAUCUGCUUCAGGAUGAGAGACUUUUCAAAAUGGCAGCUGCAUGGACUGUAUUUUGCAUGUUUAAAAUAAUAAAAGAAACACCCAGUUUUUGCAGUUGUUAUCUAUAACUCAUCCCUGCUGAGAAUGGUCUCUCCAUUGAAGAAGAGGGCUAGCCACCUAGCCAUCUUCUUGACGUGGGUCUGGGGCUCCUCGCCUAGCACCCCUCGGACUUUACCAUGCACACAGAUCACCUGAGGAUCUUGUCAAAAUUCAGGCUGUGAUGCCCUAGGUCUGCCCAAGAUUCUGCAGCUCCAACAGGGUCCCAGGUGAUGCCAGCACAGUUCUCAGACUGCACGGAGAGUACUGAGGUUCUAGACUUCAGGGUGUGCUGUGGAGACCAUCCAAAACAGGGCAGAACCUCAUCUGCUUGGGAAUGCCACCUCCUCCCCACCAACAGCACACAGGUCCUGCCUGUCUCUGAGGUGGGAGUAGAAAGCAGCGAGACUGAUUCCAGAAGCUGCACACCCCAAAUCAGUCUCACUGCUUUAUAGUCACACCUCUUCCUUAAACAGACGAGGGAGUGCUUCUCCUGGCUGGGCCCGCCCUCUUAAAGGAGGCAUCACCCACCUUGCAUGAAUGAUUCCAUGUUUGCAUCAACCCCUAGGAAUGACCUCAGAAAGUCUCCAGUUGAACCACAAUAGUGGAGACUUGGCCAUGCAGUGUGGCUCCCCAGAAAUGUGGUCCACUAAGGUGAUUUUUAAGCUUUGUGUGGGGCUUCUUUCUGUCUCUUGUUAUCACUCCCGAGAGCCAACUCUAUCAGCAGAAAUGCCUGGAAUCAUUGUUUUAGGUGAAGGUGUUUUGUUUCAAUAUACACUGGCCAGUCUUCAACCAGAAGAAUGAAUGUUUCACAUGUAUAAUCUUCUCACACAGAAAUGGAUGAGUGUUUUGCAGCAUAAAAAUCAUAAGAUAGUCAUAGAGAUGGGGAAGUAAAUCACAAGGCAAAAUAGAUCUGUUUGUUGUUUGUUUGUUGAGGGGAAACAUAUUAACAUGCAAAUCAAAUAGGCCUUGUAUAAUUUCCAGUGUUAUAAUUAUAGAUUCUAACCUUGCAAAUACAUGUCAGCACAACAUUUUGGGAAUGAUGGUAAAAAUGUAUGACUGGAAAAAAUCAUAAAUAUUUAAACUGUAUUGUUUUAUGAAU